CUCUCAGGAUGAUCAUUAUUUGUCUAUGGACGAGUUUAUGAGGCGUCAUGGGCGACGGGUGAAAGUCACGUGGGAGAAGAUGCGGUCGAUGAUAAACUAUUUGCUGUGGUCCCCGGUGGUUGGGGUCCACAGAUUUAGAACAUUCCAGAUGUUUCCAGUUGUUUCCUCUGGGCACGUCUCAACUCACGUCAUCAAGACCUCGACGCCUUUCCCCUGCAUUAAGCCCCGCCCCCAGAGCAGAGCAGCCAUUCAGGAGAGAGGAACGUCACUUUUGGUCGCUUCCUAUUGGCUCUUCUUGAGGAAUCAGAGGAGGAAUCAGAGGAGGAAUCAGAGGAGGAAUCAGAGGAGGAGCCGAGGAACCGCGGAGACAUUUUCAAACUGGGACGCGCCACACGGUGUAGUUUCGUUUAACAGGAAUCUGUGUCUCUCCUGAGCUGAGUCACGGUGCCACAGUGUCCACUUCUGUCCACGCCCAGUCUGCUGCACACGCACUCUCAGGAAGAAAAUAUGGCUGAGGGACCCGCCCCACACGAGUUUUUUCAGAAGUCGAAGAUUAAGUCAGAGGAUGACGACAUGUCAGAGGAAAAACAUUCCCAUACAUUUAUUUUAAACUAUCCCAACUCAAGGGAGAAAUACACAAUCCACUGUGAUCAUCCCCAAACGGUGCUGGAGGCCAUCAGCUGCAAGAACGACUGGCACGAAAAGCUGAAGUGUAAGGAGCAGAACCUGACUGUGCAGAUUGGAAAAGCUUCUCAGGGCACAGCCAUCGCCACACACUUCCCCUGUCGCCUUCUGGAGACCAAUGAACUCGUCACUUUAACAGCAACGAAUGAACAGGUGGUACAACGAGGAGCAUUUGACCGAACAGUGAGUCACAAUGAACGCUACUAUGUCCUGAACAUCCAGACGAAAGGGGGGACCAACGCAAAGACCAAGAAACUUUUCAGGAGUUCUUCCAUUAAGAAGUUCGCACAGCUGUGCGUCUAUGGAACCAGAGACAUGACCAUCAAAGACGCCAUCGCACGUGACGGACGCUUCGUAGAGCUGAGCGAAUUUAAACUGGAAGAUGUUACAGACACCAAGUCUUAUGUUUUCAGUGAUGAUAAAAUAGAAGCGCAUAAAAAUAAAACAUUCAGGAUUUGUUUAGAAAGGGAAAAACCUAAAGCGAACACAAACCCAGAAAAACAGAGCAUGGAGCAGAAGGCAGCAGCGAAAGGCCAGGCCCAGGACGCCUCAAAGGUCACCCCAAGUGCACAGGAGUCUGCAAAGGUCAGGAGACUCACUGAGGUCCUGAAAACAAAAGAAGCAAAAGGUGAAAAUGUCGAAGAGGUCUAUGAACGGCUGCGACAGCAGUUUCCUCAUCUGAAGAAAAUCCUGGAGAACCGAUAUCCUGAAAACACUUUAGAGGAGACGCUGGAGAAAGUGGAUUUUGGAAAAGCGCAGCAGUCAUUCAGUGAUGUUUUCCGACUGGAAAAGCUGCUUAAACUGGGCAAGUCCGUCGGCAAACUGGUGGUGGUGGGGAACAUGUCUGGAACGGCGUUUGUGCUGUGUGACCGUUACAUCAUCACAAACGCACAUCUAUUUAAAGAAGUGAUGGACGAUGACAACAACCUGGACCCCAAUGUAGAAGUGUACGUUUUAUUUAAUUAUACAAACCCUGUCCUGCAGAACACUCUUCACUUUACUUCUCACAAGAUGAUCGACUUUGAUGAGGAACAGGACUACGCCGUCCUGGAGCUGGAUGUCCCUGGCCAGAACAAAGUGCCUCCUGGACUCAUGAAUCUAUUCUGCCCGAUGCCUGAGAGCGGAGAGGCCUGCAUCAUUGGACACCCGGCCGGCGAUGUGCAGAAGAUCGACCCCACGUGUAUCAUUGGGAAGGAGUACAGGGGGAAGGAGGUGAACGACCACCUUCAGAGGUUUAAGGACAACAUGUUCACCCACAUGUCCAUCAGUCAAUUCAUCGAAAAGCAGGGCAUCUCCAGAAUCCUGUCCCAGUCCGAUCCCCUGUACGAGUCUGCGUCCACCUACCCCACCUACAUGUACCACGGCUCCUCAGGCUCCCCCGUGUUUGACGCCCACUGCAGGGUCUUUGGGCUGCACUCCGGGGGCUUCGUCUACGGCAUGUCUCCUCAAACCGAAAGCGUUAUAGAGUUUUCUCGCCCAGUGCUCUUGAUAUUUGAAAAGUUUGUAACUUCUCUGAAAAACAGGGGAGAGAAUGAAGUUCUGAAGGUCGUGAAGGAGCACUCAAAAAAACAUUCUUACCUGAAAAAAAUCCUGAGGAAAAUUGUGGGAUCGGAAAACCGUGAAGAGCCCAUGGACACAAGCUAACUUCAAACCACCAUGAGUGAGUUUAUACACAGGUGGAUCAGAAACAAAACAGCAAAGAGCCAUAAUAUGAUUCCAAAUUCUUCUUCAGUUUUUCUUGUAACAGACCAGGCUGUUUCUAUGUUUACCUGGACAUGUUUGGAUUGUCUGCAGUCCUCAGAAGAGUCAGGAUGUUGUGUCUUUGGCACAGUUUUCCUUCUUGGAGAGAAAUGACGACAGCGCCCUCUGCAGUCCAACUUUUUCACAACAAUAUCCCAUAAAAUAUCCAAAAGGCAAAAGCACAAAUAUUGAACACAAACCUAAAUCUACAGAAAUAAAGCAUGUGGGCGACAGGGAGGACCGCUCCAGAAAGGAUCAGAAUGUUAAGAUGGAUGAAGAACCACGUUAUGGACUGGGACGGAGCCAAAGUCCAGAAAUGAGCCAAAGGAGGACUGAAAAGAGGCUCAAAUGAACUCUAAAUGAGCCAAAAACACAAACUGAAGAGCUGUCCAAGUGCCUCCUGAAGGACCUCGAAUCAGUUUGAGAAACACUGUAAAUCCUCCAUGGACCUCCACCUUUAAGGGACAUCACCCUGAAGUGCAGGUGACCGAGAUGUUUUGGGACAGAUCGCUGCAUCACAUGUGGAGCAGCCGACCUUCUCCAUAAGAACGUCCCAGAACUCUGAGAACAAACACUGGACAGAGUUUGUGCUUUUGUUUCCUCUCGUGUGAUCCAUGCCCUGAGAUUAGACCCUGAGAUUAGACCCUGAGAUUAGACCCUGAGGAUGUAAAUAUUUUGAGCACUUUUCUUUCAAAAUGUGUUUGUGUGACUGUUGCCCCAGUUUUACACUUUUACAGAGAUGU